AUGGGAAAUCAAGGUUCAAGCGGCCAACGGCGAGGUGAAGGAGCUGGUGAUAAAGAAAAAAAAAAAUAUGAACCACCAAUUCCAACUCGCAUUGGUAAACGAAAAAAACGCACUCGAGGUCCUGAAGCGGCUAAUAAAUUACCACAAGUACUGCCAUAUACACGUUGUCGUUUGAAACAACUUCGGUUCGAACGUAUAAAAGAUUAUUUAUUACUCGAAGAAGAAUUUAUUAAAAAUCAAGAACGUUUAAAACCACAAGAAGAUCGUCAUGAAGAAGAACGCUCUAAAGUUGAUGAUAUUCGAGGUUCACCGAUGGCUGUUGGAACACUAGAAGAAAUCAUCGAUGAUAAUCAUGCUAUUGUAUCAACUUCGGUUGGUUCAGAACAUUAUGUUACAAUUAUGUCAUUCGUUGAUAAAGAUCAACUUGAACCAGGAUGUACAGUCUUAUUAAACCAUAAGGUUCACGCUGUCAUUGGUGUAUUAGGUGAUGAUGUUGAUCCGAUGGUUGCAGUUAUGAAACUUGAAAAAGCACCAAAAGAAACAUAUGCUGACAUUGGUGGGUUGGCGACACAAAUUCAAGAAAUUAAAGAAGCUGUUGAAUUACCAUUGACACACCCGGAAUAUUACGAAGAGAUGGGUAUAAAACCACCUAAAGGUGUUAUUCUCUAUGGUCAACCUGGCACAGGGAAAACUUUAUUAGCUAAAGCUGUAGCAAAUCAAACAUCGGCUACAUUUUUACGUGUUGUUGGCUCAGAAUUAAUUCAAAAAUAUUUAGGUGAUGGACCAAAACUCGUUCGCGAAUUAUUUCGUGUUGCUGAAGAAUAUGCACCAGCUAUUGUUUUUAUUGAUGAAAUUGAUGCUAUUGGAACAAAACGUUAUGAGUCCAAUUCUGGUGGUGAAAGAGAAAUUCAACGAACUAUGUUGGAAUUACUUAAUCAACUUGAUGGAUUCGAUUCACGUGGUGAUGUGAAAGUUAUCAUGGCAACUAAUCGUAUUGAUAGUCUUGAUCCAGCUUUGAUUCGUCCGGGUCGUAUUGAUCGAAAAAUUGAAUUUCCAUUGCCAGAUGAGAAAACACGUCGAAUGAUUUUUAAAAUUCAUACAGGUCGUAUGACACUUGCUGAUGAUGUUAAUUUAGAAGAAUUAAUCAUGGCUAAAGAUGAUCUUAGUGGUGCUGAUAUAAAAGCAAUUUGUACUGAAUCAGGUUUAAUGGCAUUACGUGAAAGACGAAUGAAAGUUACAAAUGAAGAUUUUCGUAAGAGUAAAGAAACUGUGCUCUAUCGAAAAAAUCAAGGCACACCAGAAGGAUUGUAUUUAUAA